AUGGCAAUAUACACUACAGCUGGAGAUGUUGCAAUCACCAAAGCUUGGAUAAGUAUUACACUUGAUGGUGUUGCCGGAGUUGAUCAAAAAUCAAACCAGUUUUGGGAGAGGGUAUUCAAUCUUUAUGUAAGCAGCUUUGGGAAUAAGAAUGAUAGGACUGUUCAUAAAUUGCAAAAUAGAUUUGGUCCCAUGAAAAAAGAUGUCAAAAUUCUUGUUGGUAUCUUAAGAAAUAUGCAUAGAAACAAUGGAAGCGGAUGCGAAAUUGAGGAUAUCAUAAGUAGAAAUGCUAGAUUAGAAUAUAGUAGGAUUAAAGGUGGAAAACCUUUAAAACAUGAGGAGGUGUACCGACUUUUCAAAGACCAUGUUCCCAGAUUCAAUCCCGAAGAAUUUGAUCCUACCCAAAAUCAAGAAUCGGAAUCGGAAGCUCCUAGUGGUGAUGCCUCAACAAGUAGUGCUCCGACAAAGAGCGAACCAAGAUAG